AUGAAGCUACAAGUUGUUUUCAACAUCAAUGGAGUUCUUGAGGGGUUUUUUCAGGGUCGAAACGGAUUAAGGCAGGGAGACCCGCUUUCUCCCUACCUUUUUGUGCUUAGUAUGGAAGUUUUGUCUAGUUUCCUAAAGGCUAAACUUAACUCUGAUGAUUCCUUUAAUUUUCACUGGCGCACCAAACCUUUACAGCUCAGUCAUGUAAUUUUCGCCGAUGAUAUUUUUCUGUUCUGCAAGGGUGAGUCUAAUUCGAUAAGACUUUUGCUCGACUCUGUUCUGCAAUUUUCUGGUGUUUCUGGACUGCAGCUGAAUAAAGAAAAAUGCUUGGGUUUUUUCUCUUGUGUCCCGAAUAAUGUCAUCUCUCAUACGCUUAAUCACUAUGGUUUUCAAUUGGGAAGUUUGCCUAUCUCCUACUUAGGAUUACCUCUCAUUACUAGCAGGCUUAAUGAAUCCAUCUGUGCUCCCUUGAUUCAGAGGCUGAGUCGAAAGGUUGAAAGUUGGACGGUUCGACAUCUCCGAUAUAGUGGUCGUCUUCAAUUGAUAAAAACGGUCUUACAAGGGAUACAGAGCUACUGGUCCUUGUAUUUAUUUCUUCCUGUUGGGGUUCUUAAGAGAAUUCAGUCCAUUCUUGCUCGUUUUCUCUGGGCUGGUGAUUUGCAUUCCAGCUGUCACUAUAAAGUCGCCUGGGCUGAUUGUUGUUUCAUAAGGGAGGAAGGUGGUUUGGGGUUGCGUGAUUUGUUCGAUUGGAAUAAGGCAGCAAUUUUAUUUCAAGUAUGGAGAUUAGCUCAUCCGAAUCCUUCUUCUAUAUGGCUGCUCUGGGUUCAUUCUUGUAUGUUAAAACGUAAACACUUCUGGACAACUAAGAUCCCGUACAAAUGCCCUUGGAAUUUAAGAAAAAUUCUCAAUCAUCGUCGGGAAGCUCUGAGAUUCAUCUCCUGUAAGGUAAUGGCUGGCUCCUCCUUUAAAUUCUGGUAUGACCCGUGGCUUAUCUCUGUCCCCUUGAUUGAGAGAUUUGGUGAUGGUAUUAUUUCGGUGAUGGAUUCUUCUCAUGAAGCUACAGUCGGUUCUGCUAUUGUUAAUGGCUACUGGGCUGUUUCUAGCUCGAAUGAUUUUAGAGCCACUCAAAUUCGCUCUUUGAUUUCUUCUUGCUCUAUUGCAAGACAAGAUGCUGUGGUCAAUUUAAGAGUAAUUUGGGAGUCUAUCCGCAGGCGAGGACCCUCCUCUCCGUGGAUUCCGUUGAUUUGGAGCAAGUUUAAUAUCCCUUCCUGCUCGUUUAUUUCUUGGCUUGCUUGUAGGAAUCGCCUCUCAACAAAAGACAGACUUUUUAAUAUCCAACAGGUUGUGGAUCCUUUGUGUUGUCUUUGCAGGAGUAAUGCAGAAUCUGCUGAACAUUUAUUCACUUCUUGUCCGUAUACUUAUCUUGUGCUUCGUGCUUGUCCAUUUGAUUUGUUUAUUAACUGGAAUGCUUGGAUGCUGGGCAAUUUCUUUACGGAUGCUUUAACUAAUUUUCAAAAGCAGAUGGCAUUUCUCUAUAUUACGACUGCUAUUUACUCGAUUUGGAAAGAAAGGAAUAGGCGUAUUCAUGAUGAUAGCAGUAUGUCUGUGGACAAUAUAAUUAGGCUUGUCAAGAGAAUGUUUCGUGAAAAAUUGUUCUCAUGCCCUGAAUUUCGUAGGAAAGUACAUGUUGAACCCCACCUGAGUCAACUUCUCUUUUAA